ACCUCGAACACCUUCCACUUCGGACUCCUGGAGAUUUCUCCGGCUCAGUCCAGCCAAGAGGGUUCCCGAGACGCGGCGCGAACUGCCCUCCUCCUCCCGCGUCUCCGCCCCCUGUCGGGGCCGCCGGGGGCCGAGGGAGGCGAGGGUGCCGCCGCUAGAAAAUGAGUGGUGCCCGGAGGGUGGCCCGGAGCUGCAGGUAAGCGCGCCGGAGCUCGGGCGCGAGCGGGCUCCGCGCACGGUCCCCUUCCCGGCGCGGCGACCCUGGGGCCGCACGGGGCGUCCCGGGCGGCUGGGGCGCGGCCAGCCCCGGCGCGGGUGGGGGCACUAGCGCUCCCCGCCUGUCGCGCAGCGACGUUCCGGCGGCUGUUCCCGGGAGCGGCGGGAGGCGGCGGCGGCGGGGAGCCGGGGCCGCGCGGCGGCGGUGCCGGCUGCUUCAGAAGAUGGAGAAGUUUCUGCAGAUCGCGCCUCACUCUCUGGCCAUCGUCCUGGGCCCGGCCGAGGGGCCAACGGCGGAGAGGUCCGGGGCCGCCCAGCCCCCGCCCCCGGCCCAGCCCCGCCAGCUCGCCCGGCACCACAUCGGCUACGAGAUCUUCGCCGACUUCAAAGCCGAGAACAUGCAGCACUUCUGGAACAAGAAGGUCACGGCCGCCGUGGCUGAGACCUUCUUCCUGGGCUGGAUCGACGAGCAGAUCCUGCUGAUCCAGGGCAAGGAGGAGCAUCUGGAGGCGCUGCGCGAGGGCUGGACGCGCCGGGCGCUGCGGCCGCCCUCGGGCUUCCACAUCCGCUGCCUCGGUGACCACUCCUUCCGAAGUGGCCCGAAGUAAGAAAGCCUGGAUUCCUUCAAGUCCGGCUCUGUGUCGCUUCACUUGUACUGAAAAUGGAAAAGCAAAUUUAGCCAGCUAAUUUACAUGUAAUUUGAAUAAACUGUUUUAAAAUUUA